AGUCAGUCAUUCUCAAGAAAAAAAAAAAAAGGGGGAGAUUCUGGAAACGCAAAGGCAAAAUCAUAGAAAUUAGAAAGAGGGGAAAUGUUUUUAUCAGUUUCGAGGAGUGUGUGAAGAGCGAAAACAACUCCUCUCUCUCCCCUGCCCGACUGCGUAAUAAUAAUAAAUUAAAAAAAAAAAAAAAGAACUGACAAGGAAAGCUUUUGUUUUGGUUUCUGAUUAGAAAUAGAAAGAAAAACUAGAGGUGGCGCCGACGGCGGUAUGUUAGAACUCGCUGUAGCAGUAUAGAAAAUAGUGGAGUGGAGCAGCUAAUACGCUUCUGAAAUCGCUACUCCUCCGCUUCUCUGGUAAAAAAGUAAAUAAUUAAAUAAGGAAUGGGUGGAAUCGGCGUAAUAUCGGCACAAGAUGAUGAUGCAGCAGCUUCAACUUCAUUCAAGUUGAAGAGAAAGUCAGCAUUGGCUUCCAAGCUUAAAUCUUCCAUUUCCAAACAUCUCCGUCACUCUUACUCCCACGACCGUGUCCUUGCUGAGUAUAUUACAGUGCUUGUUUGUAAUGGGAAGAAUCAAGAGCAGGCCAGACACGAUCUCGAAGCAUUUCUUGGUCAAAGGACUCAGGAGUUUGUUUCUUGGUUGUGGGAUCUUCUUUUGAAAUAUGUCUAUCAGUCCAACAAGGAUAUUUGUUUAUUAUCAGAUGCAAAGAAUGUCAAUAUCACCACUCCAUGCGCUAAGGAUUCCAAGAUCAACAAAUUAAAGGACUUUCAGAGUCAUGGCCAUGAUAGUAGCACUAUGGAUGCUUUUGUGGUAAUCCCACUUAUCAAAGAUGAUCAGAUGCGCCAGUUGCCAACUAAUUCUGAUCCUAACUUCUGUAAUGUCAAUCACGGUCAACUUGCUGAAGACUUUGAACAAGUUCAAAGUUUUUCUUCUCCAUCAUCUGAGAUCAAUUCAAAAAAAGUAUUGUCACGGUCUUGCAAGACUGAGCGUCACGGAAAGAUUGGUGCUUCUGAGAAUGUUCUUUAUAAUUCCUUGGCAAAUGAAUCUUUGAGGAAAGAAAGCUCUUCCAAUGCAAAGCAAAAUUCUCAGUGUGUUGAUAAAGCAACGAAGCAGAUCGUCCCUGGUAGCUGCAACAUGCUAUUUAAUCAGCUUAUACCCAGAAGGGAACCAGCUUUUAGAAAUCCACAACCCUCCACAUCAGGAAAAUGUCUUUUGCCAAGAUCUGUUCAUGCGGAGUCCCACCAGAAGGAAAAACAUUGUAUUAGUGUUUGGGAUAGAUUGGGAAAGCCAUGUGAUGGUGUACCUUCAGGGGUCAAAACUGUUGAGUUGUGUGAUGGUUCAGGUACAGUGUAUCUAAAGCAGGAAUUGCUUAACCAACACAAAGCAGUGCUUCCUGUUUUAAAUAGUGAACUUAGAGGGAGUAUGACUGGAGGAGUUACUGGCCGUGGUAACAUCCAGCCUGAGAGCAGGAAAUUGGAGAGACCAACGAGAACGAUGCAUGAAGCUCAUGCUGCAAAUAAUAUUAGAUGAAAAAGACACUUCGGGGAAAUUUGUACUGACCAGGAUGCUUUGGCUGGCUGUAGCAGGAAGGAGCUUCAGUGCCUAGAUUUUUCACAAUUUUCUAAAAGGUCAAAUAUGAUAAAAGAAGAUUCUAAAGCUACUCCAAAUUUGAUCUCGGAAGUGCUAGAUGUGAAACAGAAACUACAUAAAAUUGAAUUGGAAAUGUCUAAGCUUCAGUCAAAGCAAGUUGAGAUGGAGAAAGAUGGAAAGUCCAAUUUACUGUCACGUUCUGGUACAUUUUGCAGCAACAAAAGAAGCUCUAUCAUUGUACUUUGCCAAGUGUGGAGUGGUUGAGAAUGUAGUGAUCUUGAUUGACAAAACCACUGGCCAGAGAAAGGGGUGCCUGUGCCUUGGUGGGUGCGUGCGUGUGUGUGUGAGCCCCUAUCUUCAAUUGGAUGCAGAAAAACAAACCAAAGCACACAAACUUUAGAUCUAAUUGGGGGUUAAAAAAUUUGAAACAAGUUGUGUGAUGUAAACUCGUGUUGUUGCAAUAAUGUACACUGGCCCUGUAUUUUUGGGUUGCCCUGUCAUGAAAUAAUCUUUGUGAAUGAUGCGAAAAAUAAUGAAAUAAUCUUUUGCUUGUGA